AUGCAAGAGUACCCUUUGAAAAAAAUUGUUGAACCCAUUGUCGUGAACCAAACAGUGUCAACAAGCAAGGAGGAAAGCAAAGGCGGUAUCUCGUUGAGAUCUCGGAGUGCAUCCCCCGGACUUAAACUGUUAAAUCGAACUCCCAAGGAAAAGAAAGACAAUCUUGAGAAAGGAGAAGCUAAAAAGAACAAAGAAGGCAAACCCCCUGCUCCAGAAAAAAACUCUGCUAAAGAAGCAGUUCCUGAGCCUGAAAAAGUUCCCGUGUUAAUCACUAAAGCAAUGUCUGUGAAAAUGCGUGAAGCCCAUCUCGAAAAGGAUGUAGCGAAGUUGAAGAAGAAGAGGGCAACAAUUGCGAGCUCUUCUUCUCAAGACACAAAACAAGAGUUUCUGCCAAAAGAGGACUUUUCAUUCGAAGCGCUCAAGGACAAACUGAUUCGUCGGGUUAGCAAGGAACACGAGAAUCCACCACCAAAGAAGGAGUGCAUAUCAAUCACAAGCGUGAGCUCGGUUCGCGACCGGUUAAGGCAGUUUGAGGGUAAAAAAUAG